UCCACUUCUUUAAAAAGAAAGUUUUACUCCACUUCAUUUUCACUUCAACUAUGCAAAACUCAUACAAAAAAGCUAUGCAAAAACUUUAAUACAAUCACAUUUUGUAGAAAUAUUUAAGUUACACAAACAACAAAUAUUAUGCCGACAGUUGGAUAAAAAGAAGAAGACAAAACCAAAGCCUCAGCUAUAACACUUCAAAAAACCAACGAAGAUUUCUCUGGCUACUGUUUUUUUUGCAGUCAUAUUUUUCAGAAAUAAUGGAGAAGAAAGAACCCAUUAUUAGAAAAUUGCUCAUUUUUUCUGCUCUACCAAUUUUCAUUCUUUUGUUAUUCUUCAUUCAUCAUCAACAGCCAUUUUCUAUUUAUCCAGGGCAAGAAAUUUUUGGGAGUAGGAGAAAUGGGCUUUUUUAUGAAGAAAUAGAUUUAAUCAAGCUACAUUUGAAACUCAGAAGACUUGUUAGAGGGAAAGAUGUAGCUGAGUUUGAAUCCAGGGGAUUUGCUUAUGAUGUUGAUAACUUUACUGAAGUAUGUGUAAUAAGCAAACCAAUUAUAUAUGACGAGCAAUCUUUAACUGUUUUUGUACCCUCCAAUGAUGAAAACGGGCUUACUGAAAUGAUGGUUAAGCCAUAUCCACGAAGAGAGGAUCCGAGUGCCAUGGAACAGGUUGCACCAGUGCAUAUAAUCAGUGGAAACUUCAGCAGUAUCAACCCUCCAGCUUGUCAGAUUACACAUAAUGUACCUGCUUUGUUUUUCUCAUUUGCCGGAUUUGCAGAGAACCCGUUUCAUGCUUUCAAUGAGAUCAUUAUCCCAUUGUUCCUCACCAGUCGCCAUUUUGAAUCUAGGGUGCAGUUUGUCCUCACAGAUUUCAGAGGACGGUGGUAUUGGAAAUAUACUCAGUUCUUACAGAAGCUGUCCUCCUUUGAGAAUAUUGGUAUGGAUGCAAGUAAAAAGGUUCAUUGUUUUCCUGCUGCUGUUGUUGGGCUCAGGUACCAUGACAAUCUUGCAGUAAACAGCAACGAUGCGCCUUUAGGAUAUACGAUGCAAGAUGUCAGACAAUUUCUGUGGAACACUUACCAUGUGAAGGUAAAAACCAAGUUAAAUCUCAAAAGGCCAAAAGUCCUCCUCAUUUCUCGUCGAUCAUCAAGGAUAUUUCUCAAUGAAAAUGAGAUGGUGAAUAUGAUGGAAAAAGAGUUAGGCUUUCAAGUUUAUAAAGCCUUGCCUAAUGAAACAAAGAACUUGGAGAAAUUUGCUCAAAUUGUCAACUCAUGUGACAUCAUGGUUGGGGCUCAUGGUGCCGGGCUCACAAAUGCAUUGUUUCUGCCCACAGGUGCAGUGAUGAUUCAAAUCGUUCCGUUAGGCUUAAACUGGGCUUCUGAUCACUAUUUUGGUGAGCCUGCCCCUGGCAUUGGACUGAGGUACAUUAGAUACAAGGUUUGGCGCAACGAGACCUCGCUCUACGAAAAGUAUGGUCCAGACCAUCCUAUUGUUUCUGAUGCAGCUUCUAUCUGGGCUAAAGGAUAUAUGGCUGUGAAACAAGCCUAUGUUGAUGAACAGAGUUUUAGAAUUAACCUAGACAGGUUUAAGGGAACCCUUCUUGAAGGUUUAAGGCUCAUGGGUCAGUCAAAUUCCUGAAUUUGGAGGGUGUGUGCCUUAACAUUUGUAAAUGAAGCUCUAUUGGUUAUUAUUUAAAUGAAUACUCUGGAUGGGAACAUUCCCAUGUUCAGUGUUCUCAAAAGAUUUUGGAGGAUUGCAGCAUACAAUUACAGGAUUUAUGUAAAUAGCAAGGUUUUGAAUGCAGUGUUUUUCCACUGCCAUAAGAUUUGGCCUCAUAAAUAUGUUGUCAUAUAUUGUAAUUGAACAUUGUCAUUGCUUUUUAAGAGGGUGAACAUGACUUUAUGAAAAUUGUCAUGAUGUUUGUGUGAA